CCGCACAUAACCCAAAAGAAAUGAGUUCCACAAAAUGCUCUCCCAAACGCAAUUUGACCAGUUGGCUUCAUCAAAUUCUUUGGCUUCAGCUAUUCUUCUGAGAGGUUGAGACAGCCGUGCAUCAAACGAACGAUAGAAACAAAAGGUGAAGAAGGAAGAAGGAACUAAAAAAGAGCGAUGGAAAUGCAGCAACCAUGGCGUCCGAGAUUGUCGUUCAAGAGCGCUACCAUAGUACUGACUGUGCUGAAUGUCGUCGCCGUCCUCUUCUUGCUUCAGGGUUUCCUCUCCAGUACCAUAUCCCGCAGCGGAGCUUCUUCUUCCCGCAACCAAUUCAAUUCAGUUCAGUUGAAACAGAUCAAGGACUCUGAAGAGGCUCGCCUUGCCAUGCAACCUUGGGAGCUAAUCAAAAGAGUGAAGGAAAUUAAACAAGAAGCCUAUGCAGAACUCGAAACUGUUCAGCAAAAAGAGACCACAACACAAACAGCUGCUGUUGAUCUCUCAAAAAGACUAAAGGAUUCCCGCGCCCUCAAUGAUCCCGCCAGCUUCAAAGCUCUAGAAGAAUGGCGAAAGAGGAAGAUGGAGCGCGCAAGACAACGCGAAAUGGAGAAAAAUGGUACUGGGACCUCUCAAGCUUAGACUUACACUCAGUUCACAAAGUUGCAACCGCCUCAAUCUCAAUCGACGCAACAUACCCAUCCCUUGAAGCUGCUCCGAAGAAGCUAUACAUGUAAAUGCCGAUAUAGUAUCACCACUUAUUGUUGUCUUGUAGAUGGAUCUCAAAGAGUAUCUCAACAGUAUCAAAGUUGUCCUGAAACUAUAUGUAUGGCUUUUACCAAUCCAGUGAUUGAAAAGAAGUAAAACUCUCGUAAUGCCAUGGAUAAGAAUUUUACUAAGUUCAAACUUUACAUGUCCUUAAAACGAACGCCCGAGACCAUUGAUCACACAACAGUGAAGUUUUCAGGAC